UCUGUCUUACCAGAAUGCACUGCAAGUAAUUUACCAUAUUUUGUGUAUAUUUAUUGCAGGCUUCAUAUAAAUUGUCACCUGCUUUUAAAUGUUGCAGAUUAAUCAGCAAAAAUGAAGUAUCUCAUUCCUGCAAAUCAUGUGAAGUGUUUUGCGAGAUCAAUACACUGUUUAUCUCGUCUUGGGAGUGAGAUUUACUUCGACUGCACAGAGACAGAUGUCCAGCUUAAAACGUUAAAUGCUUCAAGGUCAACAUUUGCAUCUUUUGUCUUUCCGAGUGUAUUUUUUGAAGAAUUUGAACCAGUUAUAGAAGACGAAGAAGAAAAUCAGUUUCUUCGCUGCAAAAUAUCAGUUAAAACAUUUCUGCAAGUGUUUCGUUCAAUAGCGUUUAUUGAACGCUCUGUUGAAACUUGUGAGAUAAAAUUAUCUGAUAAUUUAAGUCAGUUAAUAUUUACUUUGAACUGUAAGCAUGCAGUUGUCAAAACUUAUCAGCUAAAUUUUGAAGAAUGUGAAAGCUUAAAAGCUGUUUAUACAAAGGAUUUGUCUCCUAAUAAACUCACUGCGUCUUCUAAGUUAUUACAAGAUGUUUUUGCUAAUUUUCCUACCUCGUUAGAUGAAAUUACGUUAUCUGUAACACCAUGUAAAGUUUCAUUGUCAAGCUUUGCAGAUGAGGACGAGGUUGGAAAAAUAAUGUCAACGGAAAUGAACUUAAGUCCUAAAGAAUUCAGUUAUUUUCAAAUCGGUAUCGAUUCAUGCGUAUCAUUCUGUCUAAAAGAUAUUCGCUCUAUCUUGACAUUUGCGGAAUCCUGUGGUUCAGAAUGUAAAAUGAACUUUGAAUAUGGAGGAAAACCAUUUGUUUUGGAAUUAUCACAAGAGGAAAUUUUUACAGCAAAUUUUGUUUUAGCAACGAUAUCUGGUGAUUUAGAAAGCCAGCAGCCAUCGACUUCAGUUCUAACGGAAACAACGAAUAAUAAUCACUGGAGUGAGCGAACACAUGCAAAUGAAAGUAGAAUACAACCAACUAAAACUGUGUCUAAGAAAGCUUCUAAAAUCAGCGCACAUGGAAGGGUCAAUAAUCACGAAGAAGUUGAACAUGAAAUCACUAAUAACAUAUCCAAUCAUCAACAAUCAUUUUUGCUUGGAAAAGAUGACACAAUAGUUCAUGUUAAUGCCAUAUUUUUCUCAGGUUCAGGGAAGAACCAAGUUACUGCCGUGGAUAAUACAGUUUUAGCAGCGGAUUCUGAUGACGAAUCCUGAUGUUGUUUUUUGUUGGGACGCUUUCCUUACAAUAUAAAUUGUUUAUUGGAACAUACUGUACAUUACAGGGUGGCCCACCCCCCAAAAAAAACCAUGGUCAUUUGGCACAAUUCUAGAGAUAACAUAAUUUUAGCACAAAGUGUCCUAGAAUAUACAUACACAAAGAGAAGUUCAAGUGUUGAAUAAACUUUCUUCAUUUUUGUAGAAGUGAAAAAAUGUUCUUUUGGAUCACCCUGUAAAGUGGUCUAAUCGAGCCUAAAUAUGUGUAAUGUAAAUUGUAGUUCCCACAUCUAGCUAUGAACAAAUCUUUACAUAUCAAUUUAUCGUUAUGGCAAUUCUUUUUUUGUUAGAUUGUUUCUAAUUGAUUUUCACAGGCUUGAAUAUUGUUUUUCUGUAAUAUGAAUAAUCUAAACCUAUAUUAUAGUCUCUUAAAUUGAUUGAUUUCAUCCCAAAUCUGGUUCGUUUCCCAAGGGUUAUUAGGCUAGUGAAAAUUCAUCAAAUUGUUCGCCAGAAACUCCUGUAAAGUGGACAUCUAAAAUUGUCAUCCAAUUCAGUUUCAUUACUGAGUACUAAGCUACAUCUCAGAGCCCUCUUCCUGGAAAUAUGAAUAUGUUUGUAUUUUUAUACCUGUUUAUUGCUCAGCCAGUUGGCUGCUUUGUUUCUUUCUUUUUUCACGUGCUAUUUUAUUGUUCAUUUCUACACACUGCGCCAUUUUAUUACAUAUUUUAUACGAAAAAAUAUCAAAAUGUUGUU